AUGGUGAGUUGUGUGAAGAGCAUGUGAAUGGAUGCAAAUUCCCUUUUUGUUUCUAGCUUUUAGAAAAUCUAUACUCUCAUGCUAUCCUCUACUCAGAAAUCAACAAUUUGGUAUGCCAUUAAGAACAUUUAUGAUUUAUGGGAGAAGGUAAAAAUAUCAGCAUUAACAGGAGUUUGGAGGAAGUUAAUUCCAAUGAUCAUGGAUAACUUUGAGGGUUUCAGUGGAGGAAUUAAUGACAGUGUGAUAGAAAUAGCAAGAAAACUAAACUUAGAAGUGGGGUCUGAAUUUGUGAUUGAAUUGCUGCAAUCUCAUGAUAAAACUUUAAUGGAUGAGAAAUUGCUUCUUAUAGGACAGAGUGAGCAGCCCGACAAGCCGUGCCACAGGAUGGAACGAGCAGCCCUCCGAGCCACGCCGUGGGACGGAGCGAGUAGCCCACUGAGCCGCACCGCGGUACGGAGCGAGCAGCCUGAGGCGGCAUCGGCUGAGGUCGGGGACAACGCAGAGUCAGAGAGGGAGCCGCCUGGCCUGGCACAACCUCGUCUUACUCUUCCAGAAACAAAAGGGAGAACUGAACCUGAAUGUUCUGUAAAAGCUAAGAAAUGUCCACAUUUCUCAAGUGCAGAUUGCGUUCUGACUGUGAGCACCAGAGUCAACUGGAUACAGACAUACGUUCGUGUGACUGAUGUGUUGGCUUAUUGA